AUGAUUCUCGUUGGAAUCAAUGCAGUUAAUCGAUUAAAUAAUCCACAAACUAUUGGUUUCGAUAGUUUGGGAAGUUUAUGUGCAACCGAUAAAGGAAACAAUCGAAUCCAAAAGUUUCUCCUCAAAGGAAAUUUUUAUGCUCGAACAAUAACAUUUUCAUCAACGACAGGUAAAUUCAAUUAUCAUCUUCCAUUUUGCCAAUAG